AUGGCGCCCACUAAUGAGGCGGAAACCAUCCGCAUAUUGAUAUCAACCGAUAACCAUGUGGGCUACAAUGAGCGGGAUCCCAUUCGAGGUGACGACAGCUGGAAGACCUUUCACGAAAUCAUGACCCUUGCCAAGGACCGAGACGUGGACAUGGUUCUUUUAGCCGGCGACCUGUUCCAUGAGAAUAAGCCGUCCCGGAAAUCUAUGUACCAAGUGAUGCGCUCCAUUCGCAUGAACUGCUUCGGCGAUAAGCCCUGCGAGCUGGAGAUGCUUAGCGAUGCCAGUGAGAAUUUUCAAGGGGCCUUCAAUCAUGUCAACUACGAGGAUUUAGAUAUGAACAUCGCCAUUCCCAUCUUCUCUAUCCAUGGAAACCAUGACGACCCAUCCGGGGAAGGUCAUUUGGCAGCUCUAGAUCUGUUGCAGGUGUCUGGCCUUCUCAAUUACUACGGACGCACACCCGAAUCUGACAACAUCGAGAUCAAGCCCGUUUUGUUACAGAAGGGAAGGACCAAGCUUGCUUUAUACGGGAUGAGUAAUGUGCGAGACGAGCGCCUAUUCCGGACGUUCAGGGACGGCAAGGUCAAGUUCUUCCAACCCUCUGUCCAAAAGGAUGACUGGUUCAACUUGAUGUCCGUACAUCAAAAUCAUCAUGCAUACACAGAAACUGGCUAUCUGCCAGAAAACUUUCUCCCGGAGUUCAUGGAUUUAGUUAUAUGGGGCCAUGAGCAUGAAUGUUUAAUCCAUCCCAGAUUGAAUCCAGAGAUGAAGUUCCAUGUCAUGCAGCCGGGUUCCUCUGUGGCUACUUCGUUGGUUCCCGGGGAGGCCGUCGCAAAACAGGUGUCAAUCGUGAGUGUGACUGGCCGGGAUUUCAAGUGUGAGCCCAUCCGGCUGAAGACAGUAAGGCCAUUUGUCAUGCGCGAGAUCGUUUUAUCGGAAGAGAAAGGCGCCCAGAAAUUAGCACGGAAAGAAAACAACCGAACGGAAGUCACACGGCUACUUAUGGGGAUUGUUGAGGAGUUGAUAGAAGAAGCCAAAGAAGAGUGGCUGGAGAUGCAUGCAGAGCGCGAUGAGCAAGACGACGACGACGAAGCACCUGAAGUCCCACUUCCGCUCGUUCGUCUUCGGGUGGAAAUUUCAACACCUGACGGUGGGACUUUUGACUGUGAGAACCCGCAGCGGUUCUCAAAUCGGUUUGUCGGCAAAGUUGCAAAUGUAAAUGACGUCGUGCAAUUCCAUCGAAAGAAAAAGACCGCUUCAUCGUCACGGAAGAACAACGAAACAGACGGGGCAGCUGUCUCGCACCUCGAAGGCUUGGACACUGUUAAGGUGGAACAGUUGGUGAAAGAGUUCCUCGCUUCCCAGUCACUCAGUAUCCUUCCACAAAACACCUUCGGGGAUGCUGUGGCGCAAUUCAUCGACAAGGACGACAAACAUGCCAUGGAAAUGUUUGUCAAUGAGUCUCUUGAAAGUCAGAUCAAACACCUCAUGAGUUUGGAUCAAGAUGAAGAUGACAUGGACGACGAAGAACAAGCGCAUAGCUCGCUGGUGACUGCCAUGGAGAAAUACCGUGGACAGAUGGAGGACAUGUUUUCCAAAGGCGUCAAGAGGCGCACUCGCGGUAAAAAGCGUUUCAAACCUAAGCCCGAUGGCUGGGAUUCCGAGUUUGACGGUGCUUGGGAAGACCAGCCUGGCGCUUUGAUUCAUUCUGACAACGAAGGAGGCGAUCCUGCCGGAGAAGAGGCUGCGGAAGACGGCUCCAAAACCGCCCGCAGUCGUACCGCAGCGGCCACCCGCGGCCGGGGAAGAGGUCGUGGUGCUCGCGGUGGGGCUGCUAGUACUCGGGGUGUAGCGAAAACAGCCGCUUCUGCGUCACGCAGUCGACGAAAGAAUGAAGUGUCAGACGAAGAUUCGGCUGACGAGGACAUUAUCAUGCUUGACGACGAUGAGGACGACAAAGUAAGUUCUGAUGAUGACGACUCUCAGGCCUUAUUUGUCAAGCAACCUCGCGUUACAGCCUCCCGGAGCAAGGCAACGACCACGACCACCCGUAAACGAGGCGGACGUACUGCAGCAUCCCCGGCUCCGUCGUCCUCUACCGUUGGUGGUCCAGCAACGCGGCGAGCGCCAGCUCGAACUGCUAAACCAACACAGACGACCCUCGAUUUUUCUGCUUCGCAAGCAAGUGAGCCGCGCUCUACUCGGGACUAG